AUGGAGAAAUCAUGCUCUUUGCUGGUACACUUUAACAAGGGCACACUGGCACUUGCCAAUGAGAUCAAGAAGGCAUUUGAAGGGAACGAUGUUCCUGCUAAAAUUGAUGCCAUGAAAAACGCAAUUAUGCUUUUGCUGAAUGAAGAAGCGGAGGUUACUGGCUCUACAAAGAAAUCCCAGCAGGCAAACUCCAUUAUUGUUUCAUCUAAAAGGCCAGCUAUCCUUGCUAAUGGGACGUAUGCAACUCAAAGUGCUGCCUCUGAAACUACUUUCUCCCCUCAUACUAUAGUUCAGGGAUAG